GCCCGACUGCGCCACACUGAGGUCCUUCCCCCUGAUGAGGAAAGCGAAAGCAUGACGACAGAAGGAAACCAAGGACCUUCCGAGUCCAAAUCAGGAAUCCAGAUUAAGCUGUACUGUGUGCAUACAAAAUCACUACAGGAUGUGCAGAUCUGGUUCCAGCCCAAUCAGGGGGCCUCAUCCUCCCUCUUCAUGUCUCAGUCUGGGUCACAGGAUAGCUUUGGUUUUUCUGACCCACUGGCUGAUCUGAACGUGGAGGCCAUGAGCUCUGAUAAGGAGUCUGGUGAUAGUGGAUCACAGAAUGACCUGAGUAAGAUUCUGGCGCUUCCAUCUCCAGCUGACUUCAUGAGUCCAGCCCCAUCAGCUUUGCCCAAACUCAUGACCCCAGAUGCCUUCAUGACACCCAGCACCUCCAUGCCCGCUUCUCCUGGCAGCAGUGCAAGCAGCCUGACCAUAGUAACGGCCAUGAGCAGCUCGGAUAGCGGUGCAAGAGGCGGAGAUGAUCUGGCCCAGAGCCCUAAAAUGUCUGUCGAAUGUGGCAACAGCAGCUUGACUCUGAGUGCCAGCGCAGGCAGUCCAAGAUCCAACUCUAUCCUCAUCUCAGGCCUUGGGGAAAAUAUCCAGGUAAUAAUGGACAUGUCAAACUGCAUAUAG